AUGUUUGAGUUUUUCAAAACCUAAAAAAUAUCUAAGGGAACUGAUGAAUAAAUUACUUAAAUAUCUGUAUCUAAUGUUUCAAUGAAUCCAUCAUUAGCGUUAACAACAGCAAAUAAAAUUAUGCUUUUUAAUGAAUCAGGAGAAAAACAUGAUUAUGAAUUAUCAAGAAAUAUACGACCUACAUAUAUUUAAUGGCAUCCUUUAUUACCUACUAUAGCUAUUGGAUGGGAAAAUGGUACUAUUACUUUGUGGGCAGAAGACUCGAAAACUGCAAAAGAAGAAUUAAAUGGACAUAAAGAGUCAAUUACAUUAAUAUAAUAUAAUCCAAGUGGUUCUAGAAUGGUAACGGCUGACAUAAGUGGAAAUGUAUCAGUUUGGAGAGGAAUCAAUAUCGUUUCUUAAUAUAAAAAAGAUGGUAUAAUAACUCAUGCAAUAUUUAGUGAAUUAAAUAUUGAUAGUAAAAUGAAAACUGGGAAUUUAUUUUUUUUUGGUGGAAAAUCUGGUAUUGUAUGCUUAGCUGAUGAUGUAAAUCAUUGUUCUGAUGUAUGUAAAGUAGGAGGAAGUAUAAAAUCUUUAUUAUUUUACGAAAAAGAGAACAGCGUAAUUAUAAUAACUAGUACUUUAUUAUUAGUGAUGUUUAAAAUAUCCACAUCAGUAAAAAAUGGUCCAAGUAAAAGAGUAAAAUUAUCAAUAGCCGGAGAUCCUUAGAAGCUUUAAUCAAUUUGGAUAGGAAGUUGCUUACUUUCGACAUGUUCGUGUGAAAAUAUGUUAAGAAUGUGGCAUUUAGAUUAGGAUGAUAAUUAUGUAUUAACAUUACAUAACUUACAAUUACAAGGUAGUACUAAAGGUUCUAAUGCGAUUUAAACUGGAGGAAUUAUGAACGACUAAAUAACUGCUGUUUAAUAUGAUAAAAAAGGAAAAGUUUUGAUUGGAGGAACAAGAGAUGGGAAAAUUAUUUUUUGGAAAAAUCUUGCAGUAGGGAGUGAAAGUCCUUUAGGAGUGGAUGAAUGGAAACUACUUCCUUAUAUUUAAGUUCCAAAAAAUGUUGUAAGUAUUAGUGUUGGAUAAAAUAACGGGUUGAUUGCUGUUUAAAAUGCGAAUUAAAUAAUUUUGGUUUAAGAGACGGUUAUUAAUGGAAAAAUGACUGAUUAAAUUAAAUUGUUAUAAACAAGUUCUAACACUAUUAAUAUAUAGAUUAAUAAUGAUAUAUCUAAUUAGAAUUUCUCAUUUAUAUUUGAAUCAGAUGAAAAUAUAAAAGGAUUAGAUUGUAACGAUUAAUAUAUGUUAUUUUGGACAAGUAAACAUAUAGAAGUUCAUGAAAUUGUUACAAAUUUAAAGGAUGCAUAGACAAAAAAAAUAGCAUUGUUGAAUGAAAAAUGUCUUAAAGCUAUUAUUUUUAAAGAAAAUCUUGUUUUGGCUAGAGACUAUGAAUUAAAUGUUUUAAAUUUCAAAGGAGUUUGUAAAUAAACAUAAAAGUUUUCAGAAAGUGAAGGAAAAAUGGUCGACUUAAAUACUCUAGGAAUUUUUUUAGUGAUGUGGACAACAAAUAAUUAUAUUAGACUUUUUGAUAUAAGUAGAAGAGAAUUAAAAUAAAAUGGAGUAACACGUCGUUUUGAAGACUCUUCAGGGCCAUUAGGACAUAUAAGAAACUGUGCAAUUAAUGCGGAUGGAACAAAAAUAGUUAUUACAGCUGAUUAGAAAGGAAAAGCAGGUUCAAAUGCGGAUAAUAAGUUUUAUAUUUAUGAUAUUAACAUGGAUAAUUUUAUUUCUUAUUAAUUUUCAAAAGAAUAUAUUCCUUUAUAGGCUUUUUGUGAUAGAAAAGAUAGAAAGUUUUUCGGAAUUCUUUGUAAUGUUAUAAAAGAUGGAAGUGUAAGCAAUUAAGAAAAAUAAGAAAAAAACAAUUAAUCCAGAAAUUCUUAGGAUUCAGAAGGAGAAGAAAAAGAAUUAGGAAAUUUAGAAUUAUUUACAUUUUUUGUAACUUCAGAAAGCAAUAUUAAAAAAUAAGAUUCGUACAAAUUAGAUGUUUAUAUUGAAGGAAUUUUUGCAAUUGAUAUUCCGAAAUUAUAUUUCAUUAAAAGAAAUUAAAAUUCUUCGAAAUCAAGCUAAAACUAUAUUAUUAAAGAAGAAUUUCUAAACGAUUUCAUAGGCUUAGAUAAAAUUGAUUUAACUAUAAAAGAAGCGAUUAUGAAUUUCUCUUUUUAUUUAACAUCUGAUAAUUUAGAUGAGGCAUAUAAAUCUGUAAAAUCAAUAUAAAAUCCUGCCAUUUGGGAAAAAAUGGCUUAAAUGUGUGUAAAAACAAGAAGAAUAGAUGUUGCGGAAAUUUGUUUAGGAAAUAUGAGAUUUGCAAGAGGUGCAAAAGCAAUAAGGGAAGCCAAAAAAGAAUCAGAACUAGACGCAUAAUUAGCUAUGGUCGCAAUUUAAUUAAAUAUGAAAGAAGAAGCUUAAAAUUUAUAUUAAUAAAGCAAAAGAUUUGAUUUAUUAAAUAAAAUGUUUUAAGCAGAUGAUUAGUGGGAUAAAGCAAUUGAAAUUGCCGAAAACUAAGACAGAAUUAAUUUAAAAAAUACAUAUUAUAGAACUGCUUAAAUGCAUGAAGUUGAAUAAAAUUAUUAAGAUGCUAUUAUUUUUUAUGAAAAAUCUGAUAUGCAUAUAAAAGAAGUACCUCGAAUGCUUUUAGAAGCUGGUUAAAUUGAUUAUUUAUAAAAAUACGUACAUGAAAAAAAUGAAAAACCUUUAUUUAAAUGGUGGGCCUAAUAUUAAGAAUCUUAAAAAUAAUUUGACUAAGCUUUAAAAUAUUACAAAUAAUCAUAAGAAUAUGAUUCAAUGGUUAGAAUUUUAUUAUAACGUGGUGAUAUUUAAUCUGCAAAAUAAAUUUGUUCUGAAUAAAAAGAUCCUUCCGCCUAUUAUGUUUUAGCAAAAUUUUUGGAAUAAAAUGAUUAGUCUAUAUAAGAGGCUAUCUAGUAUUAUUGGAAAUCAUAGCAUUAUGCACAGGCUGUUCGCUUGGCAAAAGAAAGAAACUUGAAUAAUGAAGUUAUGAGUAUUUCAUUAUAAGGACCUAAGUUAGUUAAACUAUAGUCCGCUUAAUAUUUUGAAGAAAUAGGAUUUAAAGCAAAAGCAGUUGAGUUAUAUAAAAAAGGAGGAAAUUUAAUAAAAGCUUAUAAUUUGGCAUAAGAAGAAAAACUAUUUGAUGAAGCUAAAGAAAUAGGGAAAUUAAUGGAAUAAGAAGAAGAAGUAAGAAAUAAAAAAAGAGAUCCAAGUGAUUUAAAUGGAAUAAUUGAUGAUUUUAUGGAAAAAGGAUAAGCUGAUAGAGCUGUUCCUAUCAUGAUUAAAAGAAAACAAUUUGAAAGAGCAAUUGAAACAUGUUUAAAUUAUAAUAUACCCAUGACAUAAGAUCUUAUAGAAAAAAUUAUUCCAAAUGAUCCUCCUAAAAAUGCAGCAGAGGAAAGUAAAAGGAAAGACUUAUUAAAAUUAAUAGCAAAUGCAUUAAUAAAAUAAGGAGAUUUUAGAUAAGCAAGUAAAAUAUAUACAAAACUCGGAAAUUAAAUCGACGCUAUGAAAUGUCUUAUAAACCUUGGAGCAAUAGAUGAGGUAGUUAAUUAUGCAACAAUGGCACGUAUGCCUGAAUUAUUUAUUUUGGCUGGAAAUUUCCUUCAGACAGCCGAUUGGCAUAAAAAUCCUUAGUUGAUGAAACAUAUUAUUACUUUUUAUAAUAAAGCUAAAGCUUUUGAUUAGUUAGCGGGAUUUUUUGAUGUUUGUAGUACUGUAGAAAUAGAUGAAUAUAGAGAUUAUGAAAAGGCAAUAGCUGCUUUGAAUGAAGCUUUAAAACAUGCUAAAAAAUCAACUAGUGAAAAUAAGGAUAUGAGAGUUUAGUAUUUAGAAGGGAAAAUCCAUCAUAUUUAAAGAUUUGUUUAAGCUAAAUAAUUAACGUAAAGUGAUUCUUAGUAAAUGAUAAAGAUUUGUGAAGAUUUAUUAAAUUAACCAGGGAUUGAUUAGAACGUUAAAUGUGGUGAUAUAUAUGCUCAUAUUAUUGAAUAUUAUUAUGAUUCCUAAAAUAUGUAAAAGGCUUUUGAAUAUAUAAAGAAAAUGUAAUAAAAUAAAAUUGUUUUGGCUCCCUUUUUAGAUAAUGAAAUGGUAUUUUAUAAUUUUAAUUUUAAAUUUAUUUAUUUAAAAUUAUUUAAAAGCUAUAACAAAUUUUAGAAAGCUAGGGAAUCACUAAUUAUAAACAUUAAAAAUAAAGUAAUAAUAACGAUGAUGAAGAAGUUAUAGAUGAAGAAGUAAAUGAUAGUUGAAUUUAUUUAUUUUUUCAAAAAUUUAUAACUAUGA